UUUGCUCUCCCGCCGCGGUUUUGUCCACAUCGAGAUUUACUACUGCUUGAGUUGGUUCGCUCUGACCGAUGGCAGAAUCGUCAAUAAAGUAAAAGCAUUUAGAAACCUCGGUGUAUUAAUAGUGCGAGCCGAGGCCUGUCGUCAGUUAUUCUCGUCAUCCGCUCCACUCCAAUCCGUUCCCAUCGAUCGAUUCCACACUCUAUAGCCUCCUCCUCCUCCUCAUUUUGUUCGAUCGGACUUGUCGAGGCGAGUCGGAGGUGGGUUGUGGGGUUUGAGAUGGCGAUCUCGAACGCGGAGGGGGAUCCCGCUACCGGUAACGAAGGAGGAGGGGAGAGGAAGCGGAAGCGCCGGGCAGACCCGCCGGUGGCCAAGUGGAGGACGGAGGGCGAGCAGAAGACCUACUCAUCCAAGCUCAUCGAGGCCAUCCGCCGCGUCCGCCGAUCCUCCGCGGCGGCAGCGACGGACCACUCGCGGAGCCGAGCCGUCCGGGCGGCGGCGGACCGAGCGCUGGCGGUGGCUGGACGUGGCCGGACACGCUGGAGCCGUGCGAUCCUCUCCGGCCGGAAGCUCAAGCUCUGGGUCCGGGCGCGGGCCUGCCGGCGGAAGCCCCUCGGCAGCAUAACCGCCGCCUCCGCCUCCCACACGACACCGAAGAGCAAGCCACCGACCCUGGAGAGGAAGGCGAGGGUUCUGGGCCGGCUGGUCCCGGGCUGCCGGAAGCUGCCUUUGCUGACUCUCCUGGAGGAGGCAUCCGACUACAUCGCGGCGCUCGAGAUGCAGGUGCGGGCCAUGAGCGCCAUCGCCGAGAUCCUCUCCGCCGCCGGUGCGGCGACAGCGGAGCCUAUGUGAUCGGAGGUCCUCUUCUUCUUCCUCUUGGUCUUCGCUGCCUUUCCGGCCUUAGAAUUGGUUGUGGUAAUUCGUUGUACAUUUCAUCUAUCUUCUCUUCUUUGUUUUU